GUUAACCUUAAAUUCUAUCUGUCAAGUGUCAAAACAUAUAAGAAAGUUUUUUUAAAUAUCUUUAAAAUGAACGUUGUUGGAAUGGGAAUGCCCCCUCAACAACCACCUCAACCCACCCCUCAACCGCAACAACAACAACCCCCUCAAUCCCCAAUGGAUAACAUUUCAAAAAUUAAAACGUUAAUAGGGCCUCUACGAGAAGCUUUAUCGAAUACGAUUAAAACAGCGGCACAAACUUUGAAUCAAAAUAGCCAAGUAGACAUAGGUUCCCAGAGGGGUGUUGAUCAACAAAUUCCUCGAUUUGAUAAAAAUUUGGAAGAAUUUUAUUCACUCUGCGAUCAAAUAGAGCAAAACUUGAAAACCUCAAUAAAGUGUUUAAGUCAACAAGAAAGUGCACAACGAUAUUUAAAUCUCUUAGUGGCACCUACAAAAAGUGAAAGUAUAGGAAUUCCCGAUAAUACAUUAUCUUAUCCUCAGUAUUUAGCAACGGUUAAUGCCCAAAUUGCUUUUACAAAGGAAAUACAUGAUACAUUGGUGGCAGCAGCCCAAAAUAUAUCUCCAUCGGAAUGACAUUUAAAUCAACCGUAUUAAAAAAAAUAAUACAAAGUUAUCGAAUUUAAAUAUUUAUUUCUUACUUAUGUAAUGGAGUAA